AUGGCCCUACCCUUUUCCUUCCUGACGGCCCUGGUGGUGCUCAGCUGCCACUCCAUCUGCUCUCUGGGAUUUCCAAAAGCCUUGGCCAUCCCUGUCCUCCACGAGAUGCUCCAGCAGAUCUUCAACCUCUUCCACACAGAGCGCUCCUCUGCUGCCUGGAACACGACCCUCCUGGACAAAAUCUGCAGCGGACUCCAUCAGGUCCUGGAAGACCUGGACACUUGUUUGACACAGAAAAUGGAUAAAACUGAAGACACUCCUCUGGGAAGGAAGAACCUUACACUAGAGGAGAAGAGGUACUUCCAGGAAAUCCAUCUCGAUCUGAAAGAGAAGCGAUAG